AUGCGGGGAUCGAUCGGGAAGGUUGCGUCCCAUCAAGGCGAGCAGAUCGGAGAAGACGAAGGCCGAAGAGGAUGGAAGAACGCUCAAGGAGGAUUUUACCUUCUUCAGCGUCGACCCGCCAGGUACAUCAACUCGGAUCUCCCAUUCGAUCAGAAACUAGACAGUGUGCUUCUCGGCCAUGGCCUUAACCCCCCGCGACUACCGCUUGCGUAUCUCGUCACCACUCCCGCGUUCUUCGGAUACUCGUUCAACCCGGUUCGUACUACUAUCUCUAUUCCGCUUCGAGGGAGCUCAAGCUCGUCGUUCUCGAAGUCCUCAAUACCUUCGGCGAGAAACACGUCUACGUUCUCCGCUCCGAUAAUCCUACCAAUCCUCCUGCACGGAAAGGCUACCUCUUUGCGGGCACCAUGGAGAAGGUUUUCACAUCUCGAGCUUCAACCAUCGUUCGGGCUCCUACGUCAUCCAAGUCAACGAUCCGAUCGCGACGCCAUGGAAUCCGAGCUUGGACGUGCACAUGGCCGUAUACGACAAGGAGGGCCAGAAGACCAUGGUGGCCAGGGCGUUUUCCACUCGAAUAGUUUCGAUUUGCUCACGGGCAGUCUGUUCCGCGGAUGGUAUAUCGGCCUGACAUGGGGGUACAACACGUUCCUCUCCGUUCCGCAAGCAUUCUACGAAGCAUGGAAGUUGUACAAUAAGAAGGCAACUUUCUACAUUAGGCCCGAGCCUCUCACGGGGAGCAUCAGGAGGGAAGCCACCAGAGCGAGCGGGAAAUGCAGACCUUGUUCAUGUGCUACCUUCGCGCCAAGGUCAUGGAGUUCCGCGGGGAUUGGAGGUCAAGGUUACGCUUCCGGAGAGCACUCCUCUCAAAAUGAGGACUCAUCCGGAGGUCACUUUUCCAAUGGCAAACCCAGCAAGGGCGGAAUCAAGCAGCUCCAUCUCAGAGUGCUGAAACCCCCGAAGAUCCUCGAGAGAGACUCCCGGCAGAAAGCUCGGGAGGCACCCCCUGGUUGGACCUGGCGGCUCAUCUCGUUAUUACGAGCCUGGAAGACGAGGAAGGAACUCCGAACAGCCGCUUCGGGAACCACGCUUCCGCCACCUCGCACUCGUCCUAGCAGCCAUCUCAACACCAUGGACGAGUUCUACCUCCUGCAGCGAGCCGCUUGUCCCCGCGCUCGCGCAAUGUACAGAUGGAAGGUGCUGCACGCCGUCGUGGCCGACGUCCUUGGCUUCGGCGACUCGGGCAACGUCGAGCUGCUCGCGUCGCUUGCGAAAUCCGUCGGUCUGAUCGGCGUGGUGGUGCUGGCGAAUGUGGCCGCGGCCUGGCACUUCUACUGA